AUGAUCAGCAACAGUCCCGGAUCGCCAGUAUCCCCCUCCAGGAUCAAGGUCAAGAAGAUGAUUGCCGAGUUCCAGGGUGGCCAGGAUAGCUUUUACUGCUUGACCCGCUCCUUUGUUGAGCAAGUCAUCAUCAGCCUAAGCAAGGCCUCGACAGUCCCGACGUCUGGAUCACACCCAUCUUCCGCCGCUGCUGCUACGGGGCGGAAGAACCAGUCCUCAUUGAAUGACAAGCGUCCUUUGAAUAGCCAACUUCCCUCGGGCGGCCAGCUUUCAUCCAACGAACAGGCACCUCCUCGGCUACAGGCAGACAAGUGUGAUGCUAGAGCCCCACCACCCGACCCAUCCCGGCCUCCGACUCCCAGUGAGAGCCAGAGGAGCUUCACUCUGACAUUGGAUGAUAUGGGCAAGACCUUGGCCCAGAGCUUGCAGAGAUUUAUCAAAGACGAGGCCUUCGGCGGCAUCAUCAAUAUUAAUGAUCUCGCCGGCAUUCUACAAGUGCCCUGGGAGGAACUCACAGGCAGGCUUCAACUGAACCGAGCCAGAGAGGCCGACACGACGGAAAUGCGAUACUCUCGCGGAGAUGACAAGGCAAGUGGUCUCUCCGCAGACAUCGGAAAAGGAUGGUGCUACUUAUGUAUUAGUAAGAAGCCUCCUUUCGAUAUACCUAAGUACCCCCUGGACGUUUAA